AUGACAGAGAACUAUAGACCUCAAUCUCCCGAUUUCUCUUCUUUAUCUCAACCUACUACUUCUCCGUUCUUUAACGCCUAUCCUCAUUCUCGCAUAUCGCAACAGUACGUCCCACCAUAUCAACAUUUUGAAGAUAUGGCUCGUCGUUCAUCGCGUAUCGCUCAAUCCGACUCUCAACCAAUUUAUGACGACCCCAUGCCCGAAGCUAUUCAACCCAUUCACGAACCUAUCUAUGCACCUGUACAUGAACCGUUACCUGUACAACAUAUUCCCGAACCCAUUGCACACAUUGCCGACGCGCCCAAGAUGGAAAUUUCUACAGCGGGGAUCGAAGUCAAAACCAAGUUUCCUGUCGCGCGCAUUAAGCGUAUCAUGCAGGCUGACGAGGACGUGGGUAAAGUCGCUCAAGUGACCCCCAUUGCUGUGUCCAAGGCCCUGGAACUUUUCAUGAUCUCUCUCGUCACAAAGGCAGCACAAGAAGCCAAGGAUCGCAACUCAAAACGCGUCACCGCUUCACACCUGAAACAGGCAGUCGCCAAGGAUGAGGUGCUGGAUUUCCUCGCCGAUAUCAUCUCCAAGGUUCCCGAUCAACCGGCCGGUCGGAAAAACGAAGAUGACGGAAGUGAUCAAAAUGAAGGUCGCCGAAAGCGUGGAGGCCGGCGAACAAAGGAAGAGAGUGAUUAA